AUGCGCUCGUUCGCGGCCUACGUGCGCGGCGACAGCCGGCCCGGCGAGGCGGCGCUGCUGCGCAAACUCGACUUCUUCAUCCUGUCCUUCUGCUGCCUGAUGUACUUCGCCAACUACUUGGACCGCUCCAACCUGGCCAACGCGUACGUGUCGGGCAUGAAGGAGGACCUGGCGUUCCACGGGCGGCAGUUCAACCUGAUCAACACCAUCUUCACGGUCGGCUACAUCCUGGGCCAGGUGCCGUCCAACCUGGCGCUGACGUACGUGCCGCCGCGGCUCUUCUUCCCGGCCAUGAUGCUGCUGUGGGGCGGGCUGACGAUGGUCACGGCGGCGGUGCAGUCGCCGCAGGCCAUCAUGGCCAUCCGCUUCUUCCUGGGGCUGGCCGAGUCGUCGACCUUCGUGGGCACGCACUACAUCCUGGGCUCGUGGUACACCGAGCGCGAGCUGGGCAAGCGCAGCGGCAUCUUCACCGCGUCGGGCCUGGCCGGCACCAUGUUCGGCGGCUUCAUCCAGACGGGCAUCAACUCGUCGCUGCACGGCGCGCGCGGGCUGCCGGGCUGGCGCUGGCUGUUCAUCGUGGGUCGACGGGCUGAUCACGGUGCCGAUCGCGCUGUACGGGUUCUUCCUGUUCCCGGACACGCCGCGCACAACGACGGCGCCGUACCUGAGCGACGCAGAGCGGGCGCUGGCAAUCUCGCGGGUGCCGGAGGCGCCGGCGGAGCGGCCGCGGCUGGACUGGGGGUUCGCGCGGCGGGUGUUUGGCGGGUGGCACUGGUACGGGUUCGUGAUGCUGUGGGUGAUCGCGGGCGAGACGGAGUCGUUCUCGACCAACGCGCUGCUGGCGCUGUACAUGAAGGCGCACCCGACGCGGCGGUACACGGUGGCGCAGCUGAACAACUACCCGACGGGCGUGGCGGCGGUGGGCAUCGUGUCGACGCUGUUCUGGGCGACGCUGACGGACUUCCUGGGCGGGCGGCGGUACCUGGUGGGCUUCUGGAUCGCGGUGACGGGGGUGGCGACGUCGGCGAUGAUCCUGGCGCCGCGGGCGUCGACGCCGACGGUGUUCGCGGCGUACUACUGGGCCGGGUCGGUGUACGCGUGCCAGGCGACGUUCUUCGCGUGGGCCAACGACGUGAUGCGGUACCACGACGACGCGCUGCGCAGCGUGGUGAUCGCCAGCAUGAACAUGGGCAGCAACGUGGUGAACGCGUGGUGGAGCAUCCUGUUCUACGGGGCCGACAUGGCGCCGUUCUUCACG